AUGUCGGAAUCACAGAAAGAGCCUUUCUUCCCUUUUGACAAGGAAGGACCCCUAAAAGAGCUCAGGGGACUCUUUGAAAAAAAUGUGUUAUUCCGUGACCACUCUGCCAAGCUCGUCUACUUUAUACGCAAAUGCCAUCUGACCUUUGAAGAUGUCAAAGAUUUCACCGUGUUCGUUUCUGUGGUGCCUAAGGUACGGAAGAACCUACAGGUUGUGAGCCGAACAAUACAAACUGUCAAGUCUAAGCACGAGGAGAAGAAUUCCGAGGAAACUGACUUCAAGAUCUUGGACUUGAGUGAACGCAUCAAGAGGCAGCAGCGCAGGAUCCAAUGCAACACUUCUCAGGACAAAAUAUUAACUGAAAAUGGUCAAAGUGGUGAUGACAGGUCUUGGUGGAGAACCACUUGGGAGGAAACAGUUAACCUGUAUACCCGCGUCGUUUGCGAGGGACGAGUGAUCAAGGAUGAUGACAAAGAUAACUAUUUGCCUGGCAAAUUCCUCUGCUCAGACUCGCACUGUAUAUUCAAAACUGAUGUCUUCGAUGGUAUUGGUUUUUAUUCUACACUCAAAUUAUAUUCGUUCUUCAUCAAUAGAAUGUGCGCGUCUGUUUUCUUGGAAGUGUCAAAGAAACAGCAGCUCAGUAGCAGAACAAUUGAGAAGCUGUUGUGGUGCGUUACAGAUUUGGACAGCCUCGUUUCUGUCUUGGAAUUGCCGGAAAACUUUGAGGAAAAGAUUGCGACAGCAGUACAGAAGGAUUACUGGCGCAUCAAAAAUAUUAAAGACCCGGACAUCUUCCACCGUUUUGUGAAGAAAAUUAUUGAUAAAACCUUAGAAGAGUACACGGAAUCUGUUUUAUUCCUUUUCUCCAAAACUGGAGUGAGAGAAAAAUAUUACAGCAAGGAAGAAAUCAAGGGGAUCAUCAGGCAGGAAAUGCACAAGGUCAGGCAAGAUGCCAUCGAAGCAAUUCACAACUGUGUGCGCAGGGACAAGAAAGUUUUGGAUCGAUGGGCAGUGCAGCAACUUCAGGCCUAUCUGGAGCAGCCAAGAGAAGAUUUUCCUGAAUUUGUAAGCAUCAUUUACAAUCUCAUUGAUGUUGCCGAUUCAAAUGAUGAUACUAACUAUGGAGAAACUUUUAAAUUAUACCUUGAUAGAUUGGGUUCUGAGCCUCAGGAUUCUGUUGGCGUCUUACUCAGGUUCAUGCACAAUCAAGCUCGAGACAAAGAAAGGAGCAAAAUUUUGUUUACGGAGGAACGCAUGAGAAAACUACUUGGACUUGUGAAUGACGAUUCUUGGCGUCUUGAGAACAAGUUGAAGGUCCUGAAGAUGAUCAGCUCCUGCCUGCAGCAUCAGCACGAAGCCCUGAGUGAUGACAACUUGGCAAAAGUCCUUGACAUUUGUUACCAGUCAAAUGAUGCCCGUUUGAUCAAUUCAGCGUUGACGGUUGUGUUGUUGUCUACAGAUAUAAGCAAGUCAAAGGUAUGGGACAAUCAAUGGCGAGAUGGCAUUAUUGAUAAGCUGAUGGCAAAGUUUGAGCUGAUCAAGGCUGACAUGGAAGAAUGCAGCAGCUUCAUCGUGUUCAUUCUGAGUAAGUUUCUCUGCUACUCGGAUGCCUCGAAACCUGCAUGGAUUGUUAAGCCUCGUCUCAUCGAGUUGGUAUCGAGCAAAAUGUUGAGCAAUCAUUUGGUUGAACUCGAUCAAAACGGCGAUGAAAUUGUCAAAAUUGUGACACCAGAGCCUGGAAUGGCAGCUUAUGUGAAGGCAUGUGUGAAAAUGGCUUGUGACUCAUCUGUGCUUCUCAAUCCAUUACACUUGGAUAACUUGUGUGAACUCUACGUUCCUGAGAGUAUGAAGCUGGGUGAAGUAGAUUAUGAGGGUGAGGAGCUCUCACCAACCAUCAAAAACAAAUUGUUGGACAAGCUCCUCACUGAACCAUGCACAGGUUUGAAACAGGAACUACUCAGUUGCUUGGGAUCACUCAUUGAAGCCAACAUAGUCAAGAGCAGUGACGACCUGUCAAGAGUGAAUCAAAUCUUGAUACAAAACAUUGGUUCAGACAACCGCAACAUACACAAAUUGUGCAUGAAUGCUCAACGCAAGCUGGUCAAGGUUUGCCAAACAAUGGAUGAGGGCCUGCUCCAGAAACUGGUGGACAUUGGGACAGCAUCUACCUGCAACAAAAGUGUGAGAAUUGAAAUUGAAAAGCUUUUUGAGUCUAUCGACGAGAAAUACAACCCUGUCAUUCUCCAGAAGCAGUACAAGCAAAAACUACAAUUGGCCAACUUGAACGACAGUUCUCCAGAGGGUUUGCUUGCUGAGUUGUUGAAACUCAAUGAAAUCCAGAAUGAUGGAUUGCUUGAACAAAAUUAUCUGCAGAUCAAGCAGGUGAUUGACAAUGGAGACGUACAGCUUCAAGAGGCAGCUUUGUUACUUUUGGGUCAGAUCAAGUGCAAAGAAAACGUUGCUGAUGAAUUGCUGGAGAGCGUCGCCCUUCUAGCUGAAAGCACAGUAUCACAAACGUUGAGAGAAUCCUGCUUGCAACUGUUGGACGCGGUAGUCGACAGCGGCAAGACCUUGAGUGGUAGGGCAUUGCAGGUGAGGAAGGCGGAGCUGAAUAAAGGUACCGAUGUACAGCAGACAUUACUUCAAGGUUCUCUAUGCAAAGAACUCAAGCAGGAGUUUGAACUAACUGACGAAACUUUGUUGGAAUUGCUUCUGUUGGUCCCAGCAAGCCAGCGUGACAGUAAGAUUGGAAGUUCGGCAGAUUUUCUCCAUUUAGUGAUCAGUGAAAAUUCUGACUAUGCCGUGAACAAAUCUUUUGCCAUGCUUGUUGAGAAAUGCUUGCUGCAGAAAAAGCUUUUGGUGAUAACUCUGCCAUGUUAUUGUAGAAUCAUCAAAGAACAGAUGUGCUGCAAUGUUGUUGAGUGUUUAAAAUCGUUGGUUCAACAUUUUCAUGAAAAUGAAUCACAUUUGCCACAUCUGCAUCCCCGCCUUUUUGAAGCCAUGUAUCAUGCGCAAAAAUUGCAACAACUUCCUGAUGAUUUGUUGGAAGUUGCUAUGGCGAACCUAAAUUGCGAUAAUGGAAAUAUCAGAGGUUACUCUUUUGGAAUUCUCAGAUUUUCAGCAGAGGAUAAGUGGAAGAAAGCGACGACCGUCUCUUGUGAUAGGAUGCGAGUCAUUUUUGAUGAAUUGCAAGUAGAAAUAAAGGAAUCUGACCUCGUUGACUUGAUAGAGACCAUCAUGUUCCUCAAGUUUUUUGACAUUGGGGUUAUGUUGAACGCUAAAACGGAAACAUGGAAGAGAGACUUGUUGAUUUCCAGCAUUUUCCGAAGUUUCGAUGUAGUCCAGCUGGAGCAGAUGGAGUUUUUGGGAAGUUGGUAUAUUGUUGAAGAAAAAUUUCAGUACGACGAAUCGUGUAAAAUCCUUGCUUUGAUUCAUAAUAGUGAUUUCAAACAUUUUUCCCAGGUUCUUGAACUUGUUUCCAUCCUCCCUCAAUUAAAAUUCGAUGAUGUCUUGCACCAAUUGAAUAUUCAUUCCCCAGAACCUUUUGAAGCACUGAAGCAAUAUUGGUGCAUCAGCCAGAUCAAAGAACAUUCCUUGCAAAGAGGAGGCAUCACUGAUAAGUACGCUAAGGUAAUGGCUGGUAAGCUGUGUUCCAACUUCUGUACGCUUUUCAUCCAGGAGCUGUUUUCCUGUCUGCAGUCAAUUGAUAAUCUGGCUGCCUUUGAGAGUCUCGUUGAAUUUUGUGCAGAAAAGGAAAAGGCGAUUGUCAUCAGUGACAUUGAAGGCCUCAGGUGCGAUCACGUCGAAGACUUGUUGCACCGUGUGCAAGAGAAGCGUCUCUUGAAAGCUGUCAUAUUUCAGCCGAAAAACAAAAUUGAAGAAGAUAAAUUUCAAGCAAUUAUUCGAGCUCUUCGCAACGCUGGGCUGAAUUUCAGUCAAUUGCUCCAACUCCUGACAGCUUACAGGCCUAGUGGGCUAUACAACAAGUUCUACGACUUGCUAGAUUUGUUGAAACUCAUCCAUGAUAACAACUUAGUCUCAUCUUCUUGUAUUGAAAAGUGCUUGCAACUACUGAAGGAAGCAGAGACUUUCCUAGAUGCCCUACGGAACCUUCACAAACUUGCAGUAGAGAACCUCUUCCAGCUCGAGGGCAAGGAGAGAGAUCUCCACGAACUUCUGGCGGAGUUAAAAGAAAAAAACAAACUGGUGCCAUUCAUAGAAGAACUCGCGCAGGAAAAUUCGCUCAACAUCCAGCAAAAUAUUUUCAAAGAACAGUCGGAGAAAUUGAAAUGGAAUGAAAAUCAGAUAAACGAGUGGGCAAAACACAUCAAAACUAAAAAGCGGACAUUUUCAGACUAUGAAGCAAUUGCAGUAAUUCUCCGAGCCAACUUCCUCAUCACUGGGUACACUCUCACCAACACCCAGAUGCUCUGCAGUCUGAUUGCCUUGAAAGGAGGGGAAAUGCCCCGAGGAAAGUUACUUCAAGUGGCCACAGGCGAGGGCAAGUCCACAAUCAUUUCCAUCCUAGCCAUCAUAUUUGCGUUGAGAGGCGACAAAGUUGACGUCAUCACAAGCUCACCAGUUCUAGCGGAAAGAGAUGCCAAGCAGCAGGCCAAGCUGUACGGAAUGUUUGGUCUCACCUGCUCUGAUAACAACGACAAAACUGUCUACCUGAAGGGCAGGAAGGAUUGUUAUCUUUCUGACAUUGUUUAUGGCGAAAUGUCGCAGUUUCAGUUUGACGUUCUCAGGGACAAUUACAGCAAGUUAGGCACACUAGGUGGGAGAAAAUUGAGUGUGGCUCUUGUGGACGAGGUAGAUAGUAUGUUGGUAGACGACAGUUCAAAGAUUGCCCGCUUGUCGUCAACGGUCCCAGGAAUGGAUCAUUUUCAUGCUCUUUAUGUCUUCAUUUGGCAGUUCCUAGUCUCUAUCAAAAACCAGUUCAUCAUGUGCAACAACAAGUUGUACUUUCUUGAGGGCAAAGUUGAGUUUGAAAAUGAUAAAAUCACUUUGGAAUUUGCAGAUGAGAAUGGUGAUGUCAAGAAAAUCCCAGAUCUGGGAGCCUACUUUGCGCUAGCUGGGGACCAAAGUAUAAUUGGUGAGGCUGUUGAAGAUGUGGACAAGUUCCUUAAGGACUAUCUGGAGCAUUACCUCGAUGAUCAGAUACAACAAAAUCAGAUCUACAUCCCGAGCAAUUUUGCUGACUUUGUGAAGAAACAAAAGUCAAAGUGGAUUAUAAAUGCUGUGGAGGCAUUGAACUACCAGGAAAAUGUCCAUUAUGUUGUCCAAAAUGGAGAAAUAAAACCUGUUGACUUCCACAGCACGGGCAUUGUUCAGGACUCCACCAACUGGAGUGAUGGCUUACAUCAAUUCCUGCAACUGGAGCACAACUUGAAAAUGACCAGUGAAACCCUCACUACCAACUUUCUUUCCAAUGUGGGCCUCAUAAAAAAAUAUAAAAUGGUAUGUGGACUCACGGGAACUCUUGGGUCGGAUAACUGUCGGGAUUUUCUGGCAAGUGUUUACUCGGUAGAUCUUGUAAACAUCCCUCAGAAACGCGAGAAGCAAUUUGUACAACUUGAUUCCAUUGUAGCUCACAAUGAGACCAGCUGGCUUGAGGAAAUUAGGUGCAACAUUAUGUUAGAGUCUGAUAAAGGCAGGGGAAUUUUGGUAGUCUGCGAAACGAUUGCUAACGCAAAUCUGAUCCAUGGCAUAUUGAACGAGAAGCUGCCGCCAAGCCUAAUUAAGGUGUACUCUAUGAAUAACAUGAAUCAGGAGAAGAAUGUGGAGAAAGUUCGACGUGGACAAGUCAUUAUUGCCACGAACUUGGCUGGUCGAGGUACCGACAUACAAACUGACGAUAUUGAAGCUACUGGUGGCCUACAUGUCAUCCUCACGUUCAUGCCAAACAACCAGAGGGUCGAGGAUCAAGCUUUCGGUAGGACCUCAAGACAAGGCAAGCGUGGCACUGGCAUAAUGAUCCUGAACGCCCAGAACCUGGAUGGCUAUUCUACCAACACAACCGAAUGGACCACAGAGGCUAUGAAAGCUCAAAGAGAUGAAAUAGAAUCACAGCAAAUCAAGACUUUCCAAGAAAAGGAACUCAAACUUAUUGAAGUUAAAGACAAACUCUUCGACACAUUUUGCUUGUUCUUGAAUGAAGUAAGACUAAAAAUCAGGAAAAAGACCAACACCUUCGGUAGAAAAGUGCGCAGUUUGUUCACUGAUGUUCAGCCUACAGUAUACGAGUGCUGUGUGUUGGCAGCUAUUGAAGAGCAAUGGGCAGGUUUCCUUAGCAAACUGGAUGAUGGAGUCAUAAAGUGUGACGCAGCAGAAGAAGAAUGCAAUGCUUUAAUUGGUCAGCUUAGUAAUGACUUCAAAGACAAGAAAUUGAUAAAAAAUCCAUACUAUUUCAUUGCUAUUGCAAAUGACUUGCUUGUAGAGAGCUCUAAGCCUGAAGAAGCUCUGGAGGUUUUCGAGCAAGCAGUGGAGUUGGAACGCAAGUCUCAGCAAAAAAAACAUGAUGAAAUACAUAACAAUGUAGCUGGUGACAAGAGGAGCCAUUCCAAACGGUUGGAAGCUAAUUCAGAAAAAGAUGAAAUCGAAAUGUUCUCACCAGGAGCUGCACACGUGGGCAUUGCCUGGUGCUUGCUGCUCCUGAAGUCGGCGAACUACAAAGACAAGGCUCUGGCAUCAUUCAAAGUUGCUCUGAAAUGUCUUGCAAAUGAGAUGAGUCUGCUCAAUGCCACGCAAUUGCUCCUGGAGCAAAAACAGCAAAAACAUGCUGGAUUCGUCAACAGCCCACUAUACCAGCAACUGACCACAAAAGCGACCAUAUUAGGCUCCUACAUGAGCGGCGUAGAUGCUGCUAUAAAUGCUAUAAAGAGAUCCAAACGGAUGAUGGACCUGGUAGCAGUCAAGCGGCACACCGUCACUGCUAACGAGCCUUGCGUCUUAGAAACUCGCACCCACCACCACGAGCUUGAAAGAUGUGAAGAAAACAAGAGCCAAUUCAAGGAUGAGGAGAGCCUGGAACUGAGAAAUGGAGAAAGAUACUCGCUUAUUUUCAACCACUUGACCGUCAGGCAAGAUUCGGGGACGAUUGAUCAGGCAUUGAAAACCAUCUUUUUCGCCGAUAAAAUUGCUGAAACUAAAAUCAACCUGUACAAAGUCGACUUGGAACACGAUCUCUUCAAGUCGUUGAAUAACAACGGCAUGCCAGAUGCCAUACUGCAUGUUGAAUUGCAGGACUUGAGUCACGAAGUAGCACUAGAAAAGCUCAAAUCUGUCAAGGCCGAGUUAGUCCAUGUUGGAAUUAUCCUCGACAAAUCAGAUUUGUUGAAGCUCUUAGAGCUCAAUAAAUCACUGGAAAGUGGCGUGCUGAUUGUCAGACAAAGUCAGGUUCAUGAAAAAGUCAAUCGAGAAGAGUUGGAAGCACGAGUACGUAAGCUUCAAACUGAGCAUUCUCUUUGCUACGUUAGAUUCGAAGACCUGAAAACUGUCCAAGCACAGAAUAUUGUCGAGAACUGCUGUAAAGAUGCACAAUUUGUCCUUUCCUUCUGCAAUAUCAGCAAUUUCAAUGACAGUGAACUCAAGGAAGGGCAAGUUGACUUCAGUUUUGAUGGAUUAGACUGGGCUGAUGCAAAACUUGUUAUUCAGAGGCUAAGAAAGGAGAAAUUAGAAUUUUCCUUGGAAUUUAUGGAGUUGUCAGACAAUGGGGUGCGAUACAUCUUGGAACGUGCUGCGUUGGAACAAGAAGACAUGACGAUAACCAAAGUUAAGAAUAUUUGUGAUGUGUUCAUGCAAGAUUUCUCCCCCACAUAUGAAUUGAACCAGUUCAUCUCCAGAGGCCUUGAGCACAUCGUUGAGAUAAAUGAAAAAUUGUUUGUUCCGUGGUGUAGUGUGGCUGCAGUGGCAGUGCUCGGCCUUGGCCAAAUAGCAUUAGGUGGUGUGUUGAUGGCCACUGGGUUCGGGAUAUCGAUGGGCAUGUCAGUGUUGACAGAAGGCCUGGCUGAUGCGUACUUUGCCUUCAGAGCACAUCAAACAAGACAGUUUAGCUGGAUAGACUACUGCCAACAAAAAGCUGUGAGUCUUGCAUUGACAGCUAUUACAAUGGGUUAUUCGAAAUUUAAAGAGGGUGUGAAAGGACUGAAGACACUGGCUCCUGGAAUAGGCGUUAAGGAAGCUGGCACACGGAUCAUUUCUAACGGCAAGUUAGCUAGUCAGACUAUUUUAACUACGGGCAAGAAUCUUAAAACUGUGACUGCCAAAAUUGUGUGCACCAAGACUGUAGAGGCCGUUGCAAGAGAAGGCUUGAACACUGUCAUCCAACACUUGUCAAACUUAACCUUUGCACUCCUGAAGCCGAAAAUCUGUGAGGCAGUACAGUCAAGGGUUUUUUCUGCGUUUCACCGGCCUGAACUCUUCAGUUGUUUGGGCAAAUUUUUUGCGAGUGAUUUGUGCCAGUUUAAAACUAAAAUCAACAGCCUUGUGGGGGAAAUUCUCAACCCUCUACGGGGCUUUAUGCGAGGACUGUUGGACUCAGUUUGUUUGCCAUUAAUCAAGGGCGUCCUCUCCGACUCGAACAGGUUUGGAAGCCUCCCAAGCUUGGUCAUCCGAACUUUUUCUACUCUCAAUGGAGUGCACAAGGUGCAAACGCUGGCUGACGAUGUUUUGAAUGAACUCAAGGAAAAGCUUAUUGUGUAUGACAAGAACUUCCUGACUAUCAGCUCCAUUCUGCAAAAAAGCUUAAAGAUAUCCAAGAAAAAUGCCGAUGUCUUUUCCAAAAAUCUGAAAAAGCUUGAGAUUAUUGAUCAAAAUGACAACUUCUACAUACCACACAGUGAUGUGCAUAGCAGUGGCAGGAAUGCGAAAGCAAGAAUAGACAACUUGUCAGAUGCUUGGAUAAAAUCGCCAAGUAAAAUAGUGGAUGAAUUAUCUGGGCAGCUCACUGACAGCACCUCCUUGCAGGCGGAUAUACAAAAAGGCAUCGUUUUCAUCGGCGAAUUGUAUGAAAAAAUUGUUGCUGUUGAUAUGGACUCUUUCAACACUACAAUUAAGUCUGUUUCGGACCAGAUAUCUGAACAGUUGGUAAGGAUAAUGGAUUCACAGAUCUUGCAACCAUGGACAACAAUGGCUGUUAGCGGCCUCACAGAUGCCAUUUCCAAGCGACUGCAGCACUACGUUUUUGUGAACAAAAAAGAUCAAUCUGAGAGUCAAAAGGCUGACCAAAAAAAGUACCAAAAACUUCUGACUAAAAAAAAUUUGUCAGCCGACGAAAAGGCGUUCAUGGCCAGUUAUGGCCCAUACAGAACCUUUGUCCAACAGCUCCACUACAACGCAAGGGAUUACUGCACUGCGCACAGUUUGCGCGAAAUGUACUACCAUGCCAGCAAAGAUAGUACUUCCUCGGCCCCAAUAGACAAAAAUGUUCAACAAUUGGCAGACGACGUCAGAGGAGAAGCACCGGCCGAUCUUAUUGAAAUGGCAGCUUUGGCCAGUGCCAACAAUAUAAAGUUGAAAGUGGUGGACGAUCCUCAGUAUAAGAAGACUAAAGAAGACAUUGCUGAUGGUGUUGAGGUGAUGUGCGUAAUAAAGGACCCAAAUGGAGGAAUUGGUCAUGCUUUGUACAUGGACAGCUGUGGCAGUUUCAAGGAGGCUAAGACGCAGGGUUUUGAUUGUGUAUAUGGUGCCGUGAGCGAAAUUCUUGAGCGUCGUGGCAUUUCGAAAUCUGUCGCUGAUCUCAGAGCUGUGGUAGCUGACCGUAUCGAGUCAAACCCGGCUAGCUUUCAUAAGGCGCUCGCUGCUGAAACCUGGAUUAUAAAGAACAACUCCAACCCAGCCAGUAUAUUAUUCCUGGCAGGAUUGUAUCAAGAUAAGGAUGGAAAUCUGAAACUUGAAGAAGAUGAUUUGAAGAAAUUAGCCUCACAUCUCGUCCAACCCUAUAGUAGAAAUCGUGGUGGAAAUUCUGCAGAAAAAUUUAAGAUACGAAGAUGCAAAGGCAUUGAUCCCAAAACGGGCAAGCCUGACGUAACGGAGGAAUCUCGCCAUCACAUCGUCCCUUGGGGAAAAACGUGGAAAGCUCUGAUAGAAGCUUACAAGAAUGAUCCUGUCGAAUUAAAAAGUAAUCUUGAAAAAUAUAUUAAUCAGCCAAUUAUCAAAGAAAUAUUCAGCACUCAUUUCCUGGACUAUAAUAAAAGAGACGGUAAUGGUAAUGUCCCCAUGACGAAGGUGAGAAAAGAUUUGACUGGCGAACGACUGGCUUCUGUUAUUUGCUGGCAUCCUAACAAUAAUGUUUGGGGUCCUAAGUCUUAUAAGCGACAUGGCGAACCCCGUUCUGGAUUUGAUCAAGAAUUGUGCGACGUUCAAACUAGAGAAAAUCAAGUUAACUUGAGAGCAGCUUUCAGAGCCAUCGAAGAGGGUAAAAUUGGAGAGUUCUUUGAAGCUUUAGGAAAAUUAGAUACUCCGUUUGCAGAAUGGCAUUUAAAUAAUGGUAAAUAUAGCGCUAGAUAUUCCAACCCCGAAUUUCGUGAAAAUUCCAACAUGUGAUAGUUGUUCAUUUGAGCUCUCAUUAGAACAUAAUGGUAUUUGCGGCUUUAAUUUCAUAUUAUAUUAUAUAAUUUCCUCGCAUUAAUCACUCUGAUUAUAUCUUGCCAUAGACCUAAUAUUUAAACAGAAUUGCGUUGUUUUUUAUUCAAGUGAAAAUGCAGUGAAUCAUCUUCCCUGAUUAUUUGAGCUGUAAAAAUAUUAAA